AUGGCUGAAUUCCAUGAUGCACAACUCAUUUCAAUGUGGCCCUUCCCAUUUCCAUACGCUCAGCUCUCGCUGCUGUUGACCGUGCUUCAUAUGAUGAUUUCUCCUUUGAUUAUGGUGCAAUACACCAGGUGGGUGUGGUCUGCUUGCUUUCUGACUUGUGUUUCUGUGGUUAGCGUCGUGGCUCUAAACAUCAUAAGCCUGGAGCUGGAGAACCCCUUUGGCGAAGACCAUAACGACCUCCCUGCCAACGAAGUCCACGAUCACUUUCGCGACAGCCUGUUGGUUCUCUCUGAUCCAGACAAUUGGCAAGUUCCUCGCUUGCUGCAGAACGCAACUCUAGACUUUGGACACUUAAAAAAGCGGCGAGAUUCUCAGCGAAACACCAUCGCAGAUUUUCUCAAGGACUGA